CGAGACGGCUGCGAACGAUUUUGUAUACACAAGUCUUGUCUGUGUGUAUAUGUGUUGUCUGCGAGUGAGACACACUCGUGGAUAUACACGCGGUCUACAUAGGCAGAGCAGAGACAGUUUGUGUAUAUGGCAUGUGCAUUAUGAAUGCACGCGCGAGGCCGCAGCACAUACAAUAAUGCAAUCGAAAUCGAGUUGGAGUCGAGUCUACACGUUUUUCCCACUCGUCAGAUAUUCUUCACGAUCGAAUUGAGCAACACUGCUAAGCCUAAGAAAAACACGAACUUUAUUCUACUCUUUGCUUCAAGCGCUGAGUAGAGAAAAACCUUAAAAUAAGAAAGGCAAUUUCUUGCCCAUUUUUCACCAGAGGAUGGAGGAUCCUCAAGUCCAAGGAUACAAUUCAAGUCUUGAAAAGGUUCUGAAAAGUUAUCAGACUGUCGCGAUGUCAAGUUUGGGAGGACCGAGCAGCUAUCGUCCGAGUUGGGCAGAGGCGGCCGUAAGUUUGGCUGGUAAACAACUCGUUGAUCCGAUCUUGAAGGAAGCCGUAGUCCGUGUGUCGGCUAGCAAGGCGGCCGCCUUGGAACAAGCACAUGUACAUCGCAGUAUGGCCAGUGCUCCUCCUGCUGCUGCUGUCAAGGUGGAAUACGACCCUUUGCUUCACCCACCACCAUUUCCGAUACAACAAAUGCCUGUGUUCACCCCGAUUGAUCAGACCAAAAGCGAGAAAGGAGCCACCAUUUUGGAAGAUGAGGCCAUCUCAUGCUUUGCUGUUGGUGGUGAAAAGCGCCUCUGCCUGCCACAGAUUCUGAACAGUGUCCUCCGGGAUUUUAGCCUGCAGCAGAUCAAUGCUGUUUGUGAUGAAUUGCACAUCUACUGUUCCCGAUGUAGCCCUGAACAGCUCGAAAUAUUAAAGGUUACAGGGAUCUUGCCCUUCAGUGCUCCUUCUUGUGGACUGAUAACUAAGACCGAUGCUGAGCGCCUGUGCAAUGCGCUUCUGCACGGGAUCAUGGACACCCGCUCUCCAAAGUCCAUGGGACACAUGAAUCACGACGAAAAGCCCAAACAUCCGACCGAAAACAGCAUGAAAGUCUACCAUGAAUGUUUCGGGAAGUGCAAGGGUCUCCUCACGCCGGAACUUUAUGAAACGGCCAACAGCUCGUGCAUUGAAUGCCUCGAAUGCAGUGCCAUGCUUACACCUCAGAAAUUCAUAGUUCAUGGACAUAAGCGAAGAGAAACACGCACUUGUCAUUGGGGUUUUGACUCGGACAACUGGAGGAAUUACCUGCUCUUGGCCAGGGAUCAGAUUCCUGAGGAUAAAUACAAGGAGGCAUUAGAGAAUGUGAAGGCGAAGUUCGACCCCACCUGCAAAUACAAGAGGAAACAGGUAUAAAGUGUAGACUUGAUCUAGAUGAGAUAUAGUCUCGAUUUGGAGUCUAAAUCUAAUCUUCAGUAUCUUGUAGAGUAUGAAUUGGUAUAGAGAGGGAAACAUAUCUCCCAUUACUAAUAUUAUAUUUACAGUUGAUUGAUUAUAGUCACUACAUGUAGAAUUCAAAGAAUUCUUGUCUAAAUGAAAUAAUGAAACAAACGAUCCCAUUUUAAAAUUAAAUUAUAUUCUUAGUGAUGUUUGGGCGUUGGGGGGAAUGGAAAUGUUUGAAUGAAGUCAAACACACAUGUAUUCUACUCCUAUAUUGAAGCCUCGAAGGCUGGUGUGGUUUUCUCGAUCUAAUUGAUUCAUUGAAAUACAGUGGAACUAGAAGUGAAAUUGAGAUGGAAGGGCUAUUUCAUAGGUGUACAUGUACAACGUGCAAAUCAACCUUUAAUAGUGUAUUAUUAUGAAAGCCAAAUGAGAGAGACUUGGAUUGAGAGAAAGAGAAGGGAGGGGGGGGGGGGGCGUGAUGAGGGAAGUACUAUCUUCUGAAGAUGUAGAAGUACCUACAAUGUACUAUUCUUUUAUGGCAGUUUUUAUUCAAUUUGUGACUAGACCUACAUGUACAUGUCAUUGUUUGUUAACUUUGUUGCAUGCAAACAGUGAUAUUAAUUGUCCUGAUGUUUGUUCUGCCUUAAUAUAAUAUUGGUAAGCAAGCAAUUCAAUCUUUCAGUUUCAGUUUUCACAUUGCAUUUGUUGGAAUAUCAUUCUGCACUCUGCAGGAUUAAUUUUAUGUUUUGACUCUAUUUGGCACAACUUUUCGCUUAUAAAAAUGCAUAUGAAAUAUAAGAAUUUCUUUUUUGAACAUCUGCAAUUUUAAACAGUAGAAUUCUCAGGAUUUAAAAUGCAAGCAGUGUUAGUGAUCAAGACUAUUCCCUCUCCACUUAUCCCACCCCUCCAGUAGUGCCUCUGAUUAUGUGAGAGUGUGUGCUGCUGACAGUCUUGUUCAUUCAUUAUGUGCCAAAAAUAACCCUCCCUUCCUAAAGCCUCAGAUCCUCUAAAUUGAAUGUAUGUCACACAUUUAGGCAAGUCUGUCGGAAGCCUUGCUCACAUGGUGUAGGAAAGAAUGUGUAUUAGCCUAGUUUGUAGUUGUACCACGUAUCUACAUCUAUGUGUUCUAGUAUGGUGCCACUACUGGAGGGGGGGGGGUGCAUGAUCUACAGAUAUGAGAGAGAAAUGUAAACAUCCCUACAGUAUGUGCAGGACUGUACCCCUUCUCAUGCUGUUGAAUCUCGUCUCCCCCUCUGUUUUGUGUUCUAAGAUUGUCUGAAAAUCCAUACUAUCAACCACUAUGGUUGUUUUCAAGGAUGAGUGGAAUUUGACAAAAGGAGGACAACACAAGAAUGUCUUUUAAUAGUAGACAGUGUGAAUGGGAUAUUGAAAAUGUUGGUCUGCUUCCCAUUGAAGCCAGUUUCUUUUGUAUUUAUUGUAAAUACUGGUGCCAUACUGCCAUUGCUCUAUUUCAUCAGAUUAUUAUUUAAAAAAUUGUACUGCCAUGCCUACAUGUUUAGUCUGUAUCUUCGGUUUCAUUGUGAAUCAUUUCUGUAGCUUCUUGUCAUGAAGGCUUUAUGGAGAAGGUGCACAUAAUGAUUCUUCGAUCAUGCAUUAUGAUUAGUAGGGUAACUGUGGACUAGUCAACCUUCAACGGAAGUGUUCAUCUUCCUGUUUCCAUCGGGCUAGCCUUUUAACUGCAAUCCUUUGCCCUUUUCCCUGUCAGCCUGUCACAGACUUGGAGAUAAACAAAGACAGAAGCUAAUUCUUACAGGCUAGUUUCCCUAAUUAUCUAAGGCUAUUCCCAGUUUUAGGGGGCCAAAUGUGUCAACCUUAGUAGAGAGGAUCAGAGAUUAAAAAGAAGUUGCAGAGGAAAGAGAGGGGGCUGUCAGAGUGUUGAAACGGUAGCUUAUAUUCCGAGUUGAAGAGGAGGAAAUGAUAUCAUUGUACCCUGAUCGUACACAGAAGGUUCUGUUGAGGGAUGGGGGUCGGUAUCUCUAGGCGGGUUCAUACCCAACAUAUAUCUGUUUUUUAAUUACAACACAUUUUUCAGGCCUCAAAAUACCUUAUUAUUUAUUUUUGUACACGACACCCGACUUCUUACCUGACCUGGCUUCUCUAAGUAUGAAAUAAUACAUGUAAAUCCAUGUUUGCUGUUAAACUACAAUUUACAUGUAUAGUUCAGCAAAUGAUACCAAUUGAGUUGUGAAAACAUCUUGUGCAUCAAAGCAUUUUAAUUUCAUGUAUUUGUACUAAGCAGUAGAUCAUGCACAGGGAGAAAACGGUGCGUACUUGUUGUCAUGUUAGACCCACUAGCGUACCUACGGGGGGGGGGGGGGCAGAGGGGGCAGACUGCCCCCAUGACGAGUCACAACCCAUGCAAGGGACAUAUCCCUGCCCCCCCCCCCCCUGACGAAUCUUGAAGACUUUUUUUUUUUUUUUUUUUUUUGCUUGUCAAAUAUUUUUCUGGUACGAAAUCCUUUAUUAAGUGGUUGAAAACCUUUUUUUUUAAUUUAUUUUUUUGCUUGUCAAAUUUUUUCUGUUACGAAAUCCUUUAUUUGUGGUUGAAGACCUUUUUUUUUUUUUGCUUGUCAAAUUUUUUGGCGGACGAAUUUGCCCCCCCUGUGGAAAAUCCUAGGUACGCCACUGGUUAGAUCUCUACCGUACUGUGUUUACUGGCAGUUUGUAUGGGUGGGACUGAAGUACCUAUACUCCAUGUUGAGAGCAGAUCAAAGGUCAACAUGCUGAUUUUGAAUACAAUGCUAGUGUCAUGUUCUACAAGUUUUAGUUUCUGUCACAAAUCUCACAAAUAUAGCGAUUUGAAAAUGCCUUGUGCUUUCCUUUUUGUUACUAUUUCACUUUGAGUUUGUUCCCCUUUAUUUGAUUCUAUUAGAACAGUGAAUUGUUUUGUUUAAUGAUGAAUUUAAAGUAACCUCUUGUUUUUUUUUAAAAUCUGAAACAGCAUGAAAUGUGUCACACUAUAUAGCCAGGCCUACAUAGUACUGUACUUGUAAAUAUGUUGUCCCUAGCCUAGAUGCACAUCUCAAACUUCUUUUAAAAGAUCCAACAUGUAGGGAUUUGAAGAAAUGUUCAGCUUGAUAGAGGCUAGAGUGAAAUUCUUCAAUGUCGACUACAUUCAUAGUACCAGGGUGAUCAUAUGAAUUCUGUCAUUUCUGUGCAUUUAGUUGCCACCAUUUAUAAAUUUCAAAUGUACUAUAAUGUAUGUAUAGACUAUAUGCAUACAAUGUACAGUACAUGUAACUUCAUUUGAACUUAUCCUGAUUUCAUACAGUGUAUGCAGUCAGGGUGAACUAAAGUUCAUCAUUUUAUGGUCUAAAAAAAAACACUGGUUCAUAUUUUCCCUUUUUUUUGCAUUAAUAUAGGCAUGCAACCUAUAUCUUUGCAGUACUCAAAAGGUAUCAUCUUUGUUAUUGUCUGUAGAAAUAGAACUUUAUCUUUAUACUGGUAAAAUCAUAUUUUACUGGUUAUGAAGAGAAGUAUCGGCUAAAGGUUCAUUCAAUGGUCAGAGUCAGACCCCCCAAAACAACAAAAAAAUUGCACACAGAUUGACUGACUUCCUUGCUUCCCCCUUUAAAACAAAUGCCACUGGUUAUGAAUAUUGAUUCCCCCCAUUCAUCAUCAUCAUUUAAAUUCUAUUAUUAUUCUUGAAGUGGAGCGGAUAAAAAAACCUUACCUCAAAGGUAACAUGUGUGAUGGGUUACAUGAGAUUUUAUUUAGAAAAUUACCAAUGAACCUCGUAUUACAUGAAAAGUGUUUAAUUUCAAGGUGAACCCAUGCACUGAUAUUCUGUGGGUUUUACAACAAGCAAUUACAUAGAGUGCUUAAUCCCAGGAUUUUGUUUUGUGGUUGACAUAUUACAGCACCAGUAAAAGCUAAUUACUUUCAUGGUCAAUGCUUGGUCAAAGAUUUGCUUUGAUGCCAAACCUAUGAUGACACUACACAUGCUUGUUGGUUUUGAUGUAAGUAAAGGUCAUUGGGCUAAAGUAUGCAGAAUAUAUUAUU